AUGACGUUGAUCACCCCGUCAGCAUCCGAAUGCAAGUCUGACGAUGCCGCAGCGUUGGAGAAACGCGAGACUAACACCUUGCACCGCUCUGAUCUGCGCCAUGUUGGAUCAAAUAUGAGCGUCUAUUCAGAUCUCUUUGUCACAUCUCAAGUUUGGGCUGGUUCCAAGGCUCUCACGGUUCCUGUGCAAACAGCAUACAAGCCUUUCCGCGCGGAGCGACGCUGGAAUGAAUGGCUGCAGCUACCCAUAUCUUAUAGAUCGCUCCCAUCAGAUUCAUGUAUUGCCAUCACUAUAUGGGAUCUCUCUCCCAAUGGUGGAAAAGAUUCGCAAGGGAACGCUAUUCCCUUUGGUGGAACGACACUGCCCAUGUUCGAUGCUGAAAACCAAACCAGGAAAGGACGCCAAAAGUGCCUUGUACAUAGGCAUAAGAUGGCAGAUGGAACCGCGAGAACGGAAACACCAGCUAUUCUUACAUCUAGGAAAAAGGCGCUGACUGGAGAAGUUGGCAUCCAGGCUGCUCGUGAUGCAGAAGAAUUGAAGCGAAUGGAGAGCCUUUUUAAGAAGCAUGAGAUGGGAGAUAUUCCCAAAAUUGACUGGCUCGACCAAUUGGUGUUUCGGGACUUUGAGAACCGCGGUCUCAAAGCAGCGGAAUCAUCUUUGAAGAUGCUGCAGCGGCGACGACGACUUGUUAGCCGCAAGAGUGAGUCCCCAGACGACGUAGCAGAUCAGACAAUCGACUACUCGAGCCCGCCAGCGUUCAUUCUCAAUGUGGAGCUCCCGAGAUUUGAUUUCCCAGUCGUGUUUGGCGACCACGAGUAUCAUGUUCUGCCGAUAUCUGCCCUGGCAACUGUGCACUUUCAUCAGCCUGGACAACAUCGGCAACAAGCUCCCGAGGUCCAAUUUUUUCCUGGAAUCAAUGCUGUUGAUGACAGUCUGUCGGCAAUUGGUGCAAGAAUAGCGAAGGUAUAUGAUCCAGAAGUCGGCCAAAGAGACAAUCCUGCAGAAACGAAGCACAGACGACUAUUCAGAAGCUCUCAUCGCCAUGGAAUAUUGGACAAGGAUCUGAAACCGAACGCAAAAGUCCGCGAUGAGCUGAACACCAUCAUGAACUAUUCACCAACCCACACAUUGUCUCCAGAAGAGAUGGAUCUUGUCUGGAAAUUCAGAUAUCAUCUCACCAGGGACAAGAGAGCUCUUACCAAAUUUGCCAAGUCCGUCAAUUGGAACGAUCAAAGUGAAUCAAAGCAAGCUAUUCAGGUCCUUGGAAGGUGGACCGAGAUUGAUGUUGAUGACGCUCUCGAGUUGCUUGGGUCAUCAUUCAGCAGCCCCGGCGUGCGUUCAUAUGCUGUGGACCGUUUGCGUAAGGCCGACGACCAUGAGCUGCUGUUAUAUUUGCUGCAACUUGUGCAAGCAUUGAAGUAUGAACAUAUCUCUACAGAGACUGUAGAGGGUGCGCUCGAGGACUCAUCACUAGCUCGUUUCUUGAUACAACGAGCGGCCUCAAAUUUUCUUCUUGGCAACUACUUCUACUGGUAUCUGAUGGUAGAAUGCGAUGAUAACAGCCCAGAGCAAGGCGCGCACAGCCGCGACAUCUACAACAAAGUUGCAUAUGACUUCAUGCGAAGUCUGACUAAGCAGCCAAAUGGUGACGACGAGAGAAAGACACUACUACGACAAGCGGAGCUCGUUUCUGUGUUGUCAAAAAUCGCUAUCGACGUGAGAAAAUCUGGUGAAUCCAUGUCUAAGAGAGCUGACAAGGUGAAAACCCUUUUCGCGGACCCGAGCAACGAGCUCAUCGUCAUCGAUCCCCCGCUGCCAUUACCUUUGGACCCUUCAAUCAAGAUAACCGGCAUUCUACCUGAUCAAGUCACGGUCUUCAAGUCGUCGCUAAGCCCCAUCAAGUGCAGUUUCAAAACUAUUGAUGGUGAAAGCUAUCCAAUAAUCUUCAAGGUUGGAGAUGAUCUUCGUCAAGAUCAGCUUGUGAUACAAAUUAUUACAUUAAUGGAUCAGCUUCUUCAAAAAGAGAAUUUGGACUUGAAACUUCUUCCAUACAAGAUCCUAGCCACAAGUACGGCUGCGGGAGCGUCGCAGUUCGUACAAUCGCAGAGCUUAUCUAGCAUUGUUGGCAAGUACAAGAACAACCCAGCUCUGGCAUACUUGAGAUAUCAUAAUCCAGACAACAUGCAGCCUCUGGGAGUUCGACAAGAGGCACUUGACACAUAUAUCCGUUCCUGUGCUGGAUACUGUGUCAUCACGUAUAUCCUCGGAGUAGGUGACCGUCAUUUGGACAAUCUGCUUUUGGCACCUGAUGGCCACUUUUUCCAUGCGGAUUUUGGGUAUAUUCUCGGCCGCGAUCCUAAGCCUUUUGCACCUCUGAUGAAGUUAUCGAAGGAGAUGGUCGACUGCAUGGGCGGAGUGCAAUCGGAGUACUAUAAACAAUUCCGGCAGUACUGCUUCUUGGCUUAUGCUGCCCUAAGGAAAUCCUCCAACUUGAUUCUAAACCUGUUUAGUCUGAUGAUAGAUGCCAACAUCCCUGAUAUUAGACUUGAGCCGGACAAGGCCGUGAUAAAAGUUCGGGAACGCUUUCAUCUAGAGCUGAACGAGGAGGAAGCAAUGGUGUCUCUUGGUAGGGUCAUUGAUGAUGCGUUGGCAUCUUACGCUCCUGUAGUCAUUGACAAGCUGCACGAGUGGGCUCAGGCAUUGAGAAGUUGA